AAACUAGACAAGCGUGUAUUGUUGACACCAAAAAUUGUCGAGUAAAAUUUCACGCAAAAACGCGAAAAAAGUUUUAAAAUAUUUGGAGAAAUACAAGUAUUAAUCGGUUAAAUAAAGCCUCCGCUUAUUCAGUUUCUCGUACUGAUAGUCUGCUAGUGGUGUACAAUGGCUGAUGAAGGAAAUGAGGAUAGUUGGUUGUACGGGAACAGCGAAAACAAACAGAAACCUACGGAAGAGGAGGAAGAAGAAGAACAACCCAUCAAGGAAGCCAUUCCUCCGGAGGAAACUGCCGAUGGUGAUCACACGGCUGACGGGGCCAAGAGCGAUGCGCUAGAUGAUAUUUCGCAAUCGCAAUGGGGCGACGAUGGACCGGAUGAUGGCCUGGGAGACGAUAAGCAAGGGCUCGAUAGCUUCUCCGAUGAUGGCCACCACCAGCACGAUGAUAAUGCCAUGGAUGCCAGCGACUUGGGUCGAAGUCGGAGAAGGGAGAGCGAUUUUCCCGGGGAGGACGAUUCCCGCCUGCAGGAGGAUGACAGUCACGACCAAAGCCGUGCGGGACGAACGGAACGCAGCGAUGGGGAAAUGGAUACCGACGACAGUGACGAUGACGACAUCAAUGUGGUGAUUGGAGACAUCAAAUCGGGACCGAGCUACAAUAUUAUCAAGCAGAGAGGACCAAUUGUUCCGGCUCAGACUACUCAAGCUGCGCCCGGGCAGGACAAAGCUAAGCAGCCGGCUGGCAAGUUCAAUAUUGAAGAAUUUGAAAGCGUUGGCACAAUUAAUGGCGUACCGGCUCACGAGUUCAGCAUUGAUUCACUUGAAGAAAAACCAUGGCGUAAACCGGGUGCGGAUAUUACAGAUUAUUUCAACUAUGGUUUCAACGAAGAAACUUGGCGAGCUUACUGCGAAAGGCAGAAGCGUAUGAGAAUGCACGAGAGUGGCGUAGGAUUGCAAGGUUUGACCAUCAACAAUCCUCAGGCAGCACAGGUACAGAAUAACUGGAGACCUGGACCACCACCGCCCAGAAAGAUGAACAACGGCAUCGAUGUUAUAGGAGGAAUGAAUAUGCAUCCAAGACCUGAGGAAAUGAUGAUGUCCCGCCAUCCUAAGGAGAAUGCCAUUCAAGUUAUGACCGCCGAUCGACGAGAAUACAGCCGUACAACCAAAUACGAUCCAUCGAUGGGUCCGCCACCUUUCGGAGAAUUUUAUCCGGGUGCAGACAACGAUUAUGGCGAUUAUGGCUACGAACCUACCCAGGAGUCACAAUGGAACCAGGAACCCAACUGGCAACCACACGGUAUCAAAACAUUGACUCCGGGUCCCCAUCCGGGCAUGAUGCCUCCUGGAAUGGGCAUGCACAUGGAAAUGAUGCCGCCACCAAUGCAACCGGGCUUGGGUAUGGGUCAUCCUCCUAUGGGACCGCCAUCGAUGAAUCGUGGCCACGAUCGCGACCGGGAUCGAGGUGAUAGAGACCGGGAACGAGAUCGUCGUGGAAGAUCGCGCGAACGCGAGCAUCGGGACCAUCGCAGGGAACACCGUGAUCGUCACGGUGAAAGGGAACAUUCCUUGGUCAAAUCGGAAAUCGGUGAUCCCGAACGUUCCCGUCGGGAAAAAUCGGAACGGGACCCUGACGUCGAAAAGGACAAACGUUCCAAAUCCGACAGGCACAAGGACAGCAGCCGAUAUCGUGAACGCUCGCGAAGCCGUGAAAAGUCAAAAUCCCGCCGUAGGUCUCGCAGCCGCGACCGUGAUCGCGAACGGGAACGGGACCGACACAGUGUCAGCCGCUCGGAUAAGAAGAAAUCACAUCGUAAAGAUAAGGAAGAACCAGAGUGAAGCUUUUCAUAAAAUGUAUUGUGGUAGAAAGUGUAGAUUUUUUUUCUCGUUUCAUGGAUUCUUGGAACUAUUCUAAAAAUACAAUCUUGAGCACUUAUCGUACCAUAUAAGUUGAUACAAAUACAUGAAAUUUAGUGGAAAAAAUGA